CGAGCACGCCGACGCCACCCCCGCACGCCGCGCACGCCGCCUGGCCGCGUGUAGGAAUGUCGCGAGUGCUGCCACAGGAUUAACCAGUGUUUGUGUGUGUGUGUGAGUGAGAGAGUGCGUCGCAGAGCCAAGGAUACCCCCGCAGUGCGCCCCAGCCCCUCGUGGGGCCCCCUGCGCCCCUGCGCCCCCUCGCCGUCCACGCGGCGCCCCUUCUUGUCCACGGUCCGGAGGCCGCCGGCCCCGCCACCCCACGGCCACGCUGACGGCGGUGGACGGCAUCCUGCUGCCCGUCCUGGGCCUCCCCUUCCCGACGGUGGCGUCCCUCGACUACUCCAGGAUGGCGCAGUCCCACAUCCUGUCCGCCAUGGAGUCCGAGCUGUCGGCGGGGCGGGGCAAGGCGGACCCCACGGAGCGCGACCUGCAGGUGUCCCUGGACGACCGGGACCUGUGGGUGCGCUUCCAGAGCCUCACCAACGAGAUGAUCGUCACCAAGAACGGCAGACGGAUGUUCCCGGUGGUCAAGGUCUCCGUUUCCGGCCUGGAUGCGACGGCCAUGUACUCGGUUCUCCUGGAGUUCGUUCAGAUUGAACAGCACAGGUGGAAGUACGUGAACGGCGAGUGGGUCCCCGGCGGCAAGGCGGAGGCGCCGCCCCCCAACCCCAUCUACAUCCACCCCGAGUCGCCCAACUUCGGCGCGCACUGGAUGAAGGAGCCGGUCAGCUUCGCCAAAGUCAAACUCACCAACAAGACCAACGGCAACGGCCAGAUCAUGCUCAACUCGCUGCACAAGUACGAGCCCCGGGUCCACCUCGUCAAGGUGGGCACGGACCAGCGCCGAGUGCUCACCUACCCCUUCCCCGAGACGCAGUUCGUGGCGGUCACGGCCUACCAGAACGAGGAGGUGACGUCACUAAAAAUCAAGUACAACCCGUUCGCGAAGGCCUUCCUGGACGCCAAGGAGCGGCCCGAGGGCAUCUACCAGCGCGACUACGUGAGCACGAGCAUCCCCAGCAGCCUGCCCAGCAGUCUGCCCAGCAGCAUCACGCCGCCGACGCACACCUCGCAGUCCACCUACCCCCAGUACACCAGCUCGUGGCUCCUCCCCCAGAGCGGCGCCUACCCCUCCGAGAGGUACACGUCGCCGAGCUCCCCCGCGGCGGCGCUGCGGUCGCACCGGACCUCGCCGUACCCGUCGCUGGGCCACCAGUCCAGCCCGUCGCACGAGCACCACGCCGUCCACAGCGCCCACCCUUCCCACCCGCAGCAGACGGAGAGCAGCCAGACGGGCCACCAGUCCCACCACGUCCUCAUCAAGGACUCGCCCAUCCACUCGCCCACCCCUUCGCCCGCGCUCACCGGCUACACGGACAGCGGCGUGUACGGCUCGCCCUACAGCUGGCACAGCUGGAGCGCGUCGCCGCCGCCCCCAACCACGGCGCAGGCCGUGCUGCCCGUGCCGUCGUCGUCGUCCAGGUCGACGCCCCCCACCGCGGACGGCAACGGGUCGCCGCCGCUGGGGCAGCCCCUGUCCGUGCAGCCGUCGCCCACCUCGGUGCAGACGCUGCAGCCGCUGUCGUCCCUGUCGCACGCCUCCGUCAUCACCUGCCAGCCGGCCAGCUGCUCGCCCACGGGCUACCCCACCUGGCAGCACCUGUCUCCCACGCACAGCACAGAGCUUCAGUACCUGCAGUACCCAGUGCAGUCGGAGUACAUUCCCCUCUUUCCCCCGGACUACCAACAAAUGUCCCUCCAGCCCACGUACCACUACCAUCCAGGACUCACGGAUGAGAAAGGGGACGAAAACCACAACAGUGAAACUCACCAGGGGGAGUCACAUCACCACCAGACAUCCCCUCCCCGGACUGACUGCUGGGGAAAGUCAUCUCCUUCACAUUCAGCAAUUUAGGUGUAUAUUUGGUAAAGAAUACUUUAAAGGCAAUGUUUUCAGCUGAGACUGAUGUGUCAGAUCCUAAUAAUUUUUGGACAGUAAAAAAAACGAACUUCUUUUGUACAUAAAUAUUUUCAAACUCCCUUUUACUUUUCUUUGGGUAAAUUCCAAUUUUGGUGCCAAAGUGACUAAGGACUUUUGAAUAAUAGAUAAUUAGUGAAAAUAUUGUUGUCCAGCAGAAACUGAAUGUUCAGCAAUAGAUUUUAGUCAUGAUCUCUUUCUGUUUUAAGUACUGAAAGUGGCAUACCCAUAAUGUACAUGUGUAAAUUAUUUAACUUUACUUCACUCAGUAAACCAAAUAGUUUGUUGCAUUGAUUGUGCCAUCAUGGCAAUUGUAAAUAUAAUAAAAUGGUAAUGAUAAGA